AUGGUCAAGAGAUUUAAUGGAUUCGACUUUUGGGAGCAGCGGAUUAGAGCUCAGCAGGGACAUAUUUCCGAUGUCGAGUCUGAGAUUGAGUCUGCAUCCGAACCUGACAUCGAGAGCGAACCCUGCUCCCCUGCCGAAAGUCCCGACAUCCACAUCGAAACACUAUCACCAACAAACUCACUACAAGCAUGGUCACAACCAACAAAGUCAGAUGGAAUUGUGCGGUCUCGUCCUAUUCUCAUCCAAAGCGUUGGAGUUCACGACGUCCGCAAUUCCAUGUCCUUCUCUCCCUCGUUAGACCACCAAAGCCAUUCCGCAUCUGUCCUCCACCCCAACAGCUACGAAGAAAAAGGAGAAUUCCUCACAGUCAUCAAGACAAAUGAUUCCUUCACAUCUUCAUUUGAUGCAAGCCCGAUUGAGAAAGUCGGCCCUUCCAACAACACACCUAAAUUACGCCGAUCUCCCCUCAAACUCCAAACAACGAACCUCUCCCGCGUAACACGCCACCAACAAAGGCAUUCGGCCUUACCCAGCCUUCCCGUUACCACCGUCACACCCUCUGCACACAGGCAUACAUUCAAUGCCUCGGCAGACUGCACGCCAUGUGUAGCAAUUAAGACCGACAAGGCCUUUGAGGCGCUCGUCGACGCACUCAAGCCGAAGCAAAUACCAAUAAUAGAACCCGUCACAAUUCUCCGACCAAGCAAGGACAGCCCUAUGCCCACCCUUCGAGCACCAACACCUCUUCGCCCCAAGAUUAUAUCGCAGCAUCUCGAAAGAGCGCAGCUGUGGGCAGAGAGCCAACAAGAGGACUUUGACAGCUCGACAGCAAGCUCUGUAUCCAGCCCUAUGAGUCCGAUAAUGUCGUUUGAUCUUCCUAUUGAUAGCAAGGAUGGACCCGUCAAGACGGAGAUUGUACCCAUGAGUUGCAAUCUGGACCACGACUUGGGUGACUUUCUCAAAUGGGAGGCUAAGAAUGUUUGCGCAUAUGGAUAUGGCACCAAUGGAUGGGCCUUUUCUCCAUAG